GUUACAAGAUCGCGAGGGGGUUUAAGUCCGGGUAGAGGGUCACAGCAAGCGCUUCUACACGUGUGACACCACGGUAAACCUCUUACUGAAAGAACAAUAUUCAUUCAUUGAAAGUAUCUGUAACUCUAAUGUAUUGAACGCGUGCAGGGAAUUAAGCGUAAACUCGACUACUGAACUAACUUCAAUCCCGGGGGAGGAAAUGCCGCUCAAACUCGAGUUCUAGAGCCUACACCAUCCGAUUAUUGACCAGUUUGGAGAUUUUAAACCUAUGACUAAGACUUUUUUAAGUGAAAAUAUAAAGUGAUAUACCUAUCUGUCGUUCACAGAGCGACAAGUGCUUGGUGUUUGCCCAUGAAACAGGGCGAAAUCAGCCACUUUCAGCUUAGUUUACAGUGAUUGAAACCACAGUGUUGACUGCCAACGUUAUACUCCAUGAGUAUAUUUAGCAGACUAGUUUAAUAUGAUUGAGAAACAAGCGAUAGGAGACACCGAACAAAACGAGGAUGAGACCAAGGCAGACCUUGUCAAACUGGAGGGGGGUGACGCGGUGCUGAACGCCGAAGACCCGGGUCAGCUGGACGGACAUGGAGCCGUGCAGCCCACCCGGCUGUACAAACGACGCUGGAUGAUCGUUCUCCUGUUCAGCUCAUAUUCACUAUGCAACUCUUUCCAAUGGAUACAGUACGGCAUCAUCAACAACAUAUUUAUGAAGUUCUACAGCGUGGAAGCCUUUACCAUAGACUGGAUGUCCAUGAUCUACAUGCUGACAUACAUUCCCUUCAUCUUCCCGGUUACCUGGCUGCUGGACAAAAAGGGGCUCCGGGUCAUCGCGCUGGUGGCCACCGCGCUUAACUGUGCAGGCACAUGGAUCAAAGUGGCCAGCGUCAAACCCAACCUGUUCGCCGUCACCUUUCUGGGACAGUUCUGCUGCUCGUUUGCGCAGGUGUUCAUCCUCGGUAUGCCGUCCAGGAUCGCCUCAGUGUGGUUCGGCUCAGAGGAAGUGUCCACCGCCUGCUCCAUCGGAGUCUUCGGGAGUCAGCUGGGUAUUGCCAUCGGGUUCCUUGUGCCUCCCAUCCUGGUGCCGAAUGUGGACGACAUGGACGAGCUGGCUCACCACAUCAGCGUUAUGUUCUACAUCACAGCAGCAGUGGCCACCUUCCUCUUCAUCCUUGUGGUCUGUGUCUUCCAGGAGCGACCUAAACUUCCUCCGACUCAGGCCCAGGCCACAGCUCGCAACAUCCCCCCUGAGCAGUACUCAUACUCAGCCUCGGUCCUCAGGCUGCUCCGCAACCGGCCCUUCAUCCUCCUCAUCAUCACUUAUGGUUUGAAUGUGGGAUGUUUCUAUGCUGUCGGCACCCUGCUGAACCGCAUGAUCACCGAGCAUUACCCUGGAGAAGAGGUGAAUGCUGGGAGAAUUGGCCUCACCAUUGUCAUUGCGGGGAUGGUUGGCUCCCUGAUUUGUGGCAUUUGGUUGGACAAAACCAAAACCUACAAACAGACAACCCUUGCUGUGUACUUCAUGUCUCUGGUGGGGAUGAUCGUCUAUGCUGCCACACUCAAUCUGGGACACCUCUGGGUGGUCUUCAUCACUGCUGGAGCGCUCGGGUUCUUCAUGACUGGCUACCUGCCGCUGGGCUUUGAGUUUGCGGUCGAGCUGACGUACCCAGAGUGUGAAGGAACCUCAUCCGGACUGCUCAACUGUUCAGCACAGGUGUUCGGCAUUAUCUUCACCAUCAGCCAGGGGAAGAUCAUGGACAGAUUCGGCACUCUGGCAGGAAACAUCUUCCUCUGUGUUUUUCUUCUAAUCGGCACAGUAAUGACAGGCCUAAUCAAGUCUGAUCUGCGGAGACAAAAGGCAAACAUGUUGGCCAAAGCAGCAGGACCUUCCGACUAUCCCAAUGGGAGCGUGGCUGCAUCGCCUAUCAUCGAAGAAGCCAAGCUUUAGAGGCCAAACACACACACACACACACAUUUGAAUACUUUAUUUGGUUCCACAAAUUAUAUUACAUAAGACAGGGAAUCAAAUAUAUUGGGGCUAAGCAGCACAGAACACUUAGGGGAACACAUAGCAUCUCAUUCUCCACAUGGCUAAGCAGCAGCCUUAAGGGAAGCUUUAGAGGCCAAACACACACACACACACACACACACACACACACACACACUAAAGUAAAAGCCUUGAAAAGGACCAUGAUCUCCUUUCCUGUUACAGUGUAACAUACUGAGAUAUAUCAACUCAAUUAGGAAGUAUUGAAUCCCACUUCCCUUCUAAGAAGAGUUAGAUGUACAAUGUUGUAUUAACUAUUUAUAAAUAAAAAAAAUGUUGAAUUAAAUUGGAUAUUUAAUGCUCAAUUUCAGCAUAUAAAAUCCACUGUUAUUGUUAUUUUUAAGUGUUACUUGAAUUCUCUCACUAAAUCUGCAAGACAAAUCUGUGACUUGUUUGUUUGUGCCUUGACAAUUUUACCUGUCAGUAUUUUAAAAGGUGUACACUUGAUUGUGUAUAGGUUGUAUAGGUACAUUUUCUAUAAAGAAGUGACUAAUGUAAUUAUUGCAUAAACAAUUAAUCAUGUAAAUACAGUGUCCAGGUAUUCAUUAGUGAUUUUGAUAGAUAUUUGUGAUUCAAUAAUUCACACAGUCAAAAGUAAGGGAUACAAUUCAUGACAGACAGCUGAGUAAUAUUAUUUGUAAAACCAUGCAUGUUUACUUAUUUCAUGUGAAAUAAAACUGUUUUAUAAAAUUA